AUGGGAGACGAAAAAAAAGCAUCUGAACAUAUAAACUUAAAAGUUUUAGGACAAGAUAAUGCCAUUAUACAAUUUAAAAUAAAAAAACACACGCCAUUGAAAAAAUUAAUGAAUGCUUAUUGUGAAAGAGCAAGUUUAUCAAUGGCCACUGUUAGAUUUCGAUUCGAUGGUCAAGCAAUAAACGAAUUGGACACACCAGAAACAUUAGAAAUGGAAGAAGGUGAUACUAUUGAAGUUUACCAACAACAAACGGGCGGUUUCAAUAAGUUAUUAUUAUUAAGUAAUAGUUUGAAUAAUUUAAAUGUUAGUGAUAAAAAUAUCUUAAAACAUUUUCCAAACAAGAGGAAAAAUUCAAAUUUUCUAUUGACAUUAAUCGUGUAA